AUGAAGCUCUUCACGACAGUUUUGACUUCAAUCCCUCUUUGCUCCUCCGUCGGUGUCUCUGUUGGCAACGAGAGAGCUGCUGGCAGCUCAUGGGGUUACGACGAGCAGGGAGACGAUUGGGGCGAUUCUGCUGAGACUUGUAAUGGCAAUCGACAGUCACCAAUCGACAUUCCGAAGAAUUACUCUUCCGCUGAAUUCCAGCCAUUUCAGUUGACCAAUUUUGACGACGAGCAAAACUGGACCUUGUUUAACAACGGCCACUCGGUGCAAAUGACUGCUUCCAAUCUGAACAUGAAAUUGAACGGCGGUGCUCUUCCAGGCGAAUAUAUUCUUGCCCAAUUUCACUUUCACUGGGGAUCAGCCGAUCAUGCCGGCUCGGAGCAUACUCUUGAGGGAAAGCAGUAUUUCUCCGAAGUCCACUUGGUUCAUUUCAAGGCGGAAUACGAAACAAUCGGCAACUCUGUAAGCAAAGGCGACGGACUAGCCGUCCUUGGCUUUUUCAUCGAAGAAGACCCUUAUGCUGAGGAUACUCCGCUCGAUAAUUUCUUCCGCAACCUCGUUGGUGAAGCAGUUCAAAAUCCGUCCGAAACUUCUACUGUUCAAUUUUCCAUGACUGAUAUUCUUCCCUCCACUCUCGACAACUUUUACAGAUACCUCGGAAGUUUAACCACCCCGACAUGUAAUGAAGCCGUCGUUUGGACAAAUUUCAAAGAAUCCCUAAAAAUUUCUUCGAAGACAAGGGAAUUCAUGACUCAGUUCGCCAAGGAUAACCAUGGGGAGGAUUUGGUCAAAAACUACCGAAAUGUUCAACCACUCAAUGGACGCGAAGUGACUUUCUAUUCUUCACAAGUUGACCGACUCAAUCUUAUCGAGUACCACUUUGAGAGAAUCGUCGAAGCUCUCCCAGACAGACCAUGGUCCGAUCGAUACGAGCAACGACUAAACAAACAACUCAAGAAGGCUGAAUCUGCGUUCACAGGAGUCAACUGCUACAAAGAAAAUGGCUUUGGGUCUGAUGACUCUGCUGACGACGUCCAGGUCUUCGAUGAGAGUGACUUCUGCAAGCUCAACGGCCAGGUCAACGCCGCGCUCAACAGCUGGGCCCGAAACAACGCUUGCGAAGGACGAGGCAAGGUCUACCGACAGAUCAUCCGAGCCAGUCGAAAGGUCCGAAACCUUUUCGACAGGAAAAUGAGUUGUUAG